AUGGCAGACGGCAUCAUUGACUCUAAGUCCUCAGAUUUACCCAAUGAACAAUUUGAUGAUCAAACUCAUGUCAAUCAUAGACAUCAACACAAUCUCAUUAAAAGGAAUAGAUCGGAAACCCCGGCCGCCACCGUCGGUUUGCUGCCGUCGUUGAGUGAAGAAGAUUUCAUCUCGAUGAUGGAAACAGAGAAAGAACAUUUGCCAAGAGAAGAUUAUCUCUCUAGACUGAAAAAUGGUAAUCUAGAUAUGGCCAUUAGAAAGGAAGCUCUUGAUUGGAUUUCAAAGGCUCAAUCUUAUUAUAAAUUCGGUCCUUUCAGCAUUUGUUUGUCAAUGAAUUACUUUGACAGAUUCCUUUCUAUGUAUGAACUGCCUAGUGGAAAAAGUUGGGCAAUUCAACUGUUAGCUGUAGCUUGUUUGUCAAUUGCUGCCAAAAUGGAGGAGACCACCAUUCCUCUCAUUGUAGAUUUACAGGUUGGAGAACCAAAGUUUGUAUUUGAAGGAAAGACAAUACAAAGAAUGGAGCUUUUGGUGAUGAACACUUUGAAGUGGAGAAUGAAGGCUUAUACACCAUGUUCAUUCAUUGAUUUCUUUCUUAGAAUUAUGAAAGAAGAUCAAGAAUUUAUUAAUUUUGAUCCUAUGAUCUCUAAAUCACUUGACAUUAUCUUAACCAUAACUAAAGGUAUUGAUUUCUUAGAAUUCAGACCUUCCGAAAUUGCGGGGGCAGUCGCAUUGUUUGUUUUACGAGAAACAACACAAGGAGAAACAACUUUAAAUUUAUCGUGUCUACUAGACAAGGAAAGGGUGUUGAAGUGUUUAGAAGUGAUCAUGAAGGAUUUGAAGAUGAAAAGUUGGUCGUCUUCUUCUUCAUAUUGGUCAUCAAUGGUGGGUGAGAUAAUGAGGAGCCCAAAUGGGGUGUUAGAAGUGACAUGCUUGAGCCAUAAAAGUGAUGAUACAACUAAUUAUUCUAAUUCUCACAAGUGUCACAAACGGCAAUAAUUCACCCAAGAUUAUUUCCUUAACUCACCAUAAUGUCUAAAAAAAUUAAUAUUUUAUCCCAAUUUUUCUUAUCCCAGCUAAAUAAUAUACACUAUAUAUAUUAUGUGACCAUUUACUGUGUAUU